AAAGAAAGAUUUUUAGAAACGAUUUUAGAAACAGCAUUGUAUAAAUCUAAGCAAUUUUAAACAAAUGUAGUAGUUCUACGGAGCAAUAUUCUUUAGUAAUUUUAAUUAUUGCAAUCGAUUAAUUUUAAGUAAACUUUUGUCUCUCGUAAGAAUAUUAAGUUCAAUAUUAUAAUAUAUUAGAACUGAUAAUGAAUGGAUACGAAUGAUAGAUAGACAAAGACUGAUUGUCAUUUUAUAGAAAUUGUUAUUGAUUGUAUAAUGGUAAGCGUUAUUUUCAGAUCGGCAAGAGAUCGAUGCUUGAGAUGAAAAAUAAGACGAGAAAUGAUCGCGUCAGUUUUUCAAAAGAUUUAUUAUCCUUGCAAAUACGAGAAAGCGAACAGUUGUCUAGCGGAACUUUUGUCACACGUUAUUUGAAAGUCAGAUGCAUAGAUUGCGAUGUUUGUGUAAGAUAAAGCUUCUCCCUGUAGCUUUUUGUUGAAACUUCUUCAUUUUAAGAAGACAAACUUUCUUAGAACUAUCGUAUAGUGUUCAAAGCAUCUAACGAAGGAAUCAAUUAUUCAGUAUUAUCAUUUUGAUUCUCAAUUAAUGUUAAGAUAGUUUGAUGUUGGUUUAAGACUAAAUCAAUUCCGUAGCUUAUCAUAUCGAUCUCGCUGAGUUAAGGAGCAAAGUGAUAACGCAUGAUAUAUUUAGAAUAUUUAAAUUAGAAAUUUAGAAUAUUUAAAUUAGAAAUUUGGAAUAUUUAAUUUACUGUAAUACUUUGUACGUAAUCGCAUCUCGAUUACAAGCAAGGCCAUUAUCAUGUUAGCAUUCGCCGUUCGUGGUGUGGUUUUGCUCGGCGUUUUAAGUUGGUAUAGCGCAGUCAUAUGGAGGAUGAUCGACGGUUACUUCAAGGACCAGUUUCGCGUUUACUUGCAGGAGGAGUACCGCAGGUAUCCGCGAAUGAGAGCCGACGUUGAGAGCGUCGAGGCCGUCGAUAAAGGAUCCGCUCGGAGCGAUUUGCCGGCCGAGUCGAGUCUCAGCCGCAGCAUCACGGAGUCUUCUGAUCCCGACGCGGUGUGCCCGGUCGACAUCGCAGACACCUGUCAGCGAACAGCCGCUUCGAACGGGAAGCCGAAGGAAGCUGUGGCAGGUGGCACCAGUGAAAACGCGGUCGCCGUCGGCGCCGGUUCCACCGAUAAAAAUGCAUUCCCGGAGAGCGCGGCACAGUCGGCGCUGGAAAGUAGGAAGCUGCCGAGCAGUAGCGACACGCAUGAUGAAGAACGGCGACCGGGUGUCAUCCAUCAAGAGCGAGCGAUCGGGGGAAGCGACAGCGUCCUUGCGUCCUCUCCGCGUCGUUCUGAAAAACCGCGACGUCGCCUCGGCAAAAGAGGACUAUCGGGCGUCUCGAAGGAGGCUCCGAGGGACACAUCGCGAGAAAAAUCGAGAAAACGAAGAGUGAACACGAUCGUCCUGACGGACGCCGAUUUUGUCGGUGCGAGGAUCGAUAGUGACGAUGACUUUUCGGAAUUCGAAGAGGAAGGAGGAGGUCAGAAAGUCCUCAAGGAAGGAAUUCUCAUCUCGCAGUUGCCGUUUAAGCCCAAGGCGGACAUUGGCGACUUAGAUAGAGUUACUGCGGAAGAGUUUUGUCCUCUGACCUUGGAGGAUGAGGUUUCCUGCGGGGAAACCACCACGUGGCCGUGACUGCGCUUCAUGCACGACGUCACCGUGGAAUCGAAAGUGUUAAAGCGCAUUGAAAAAAAAAGUUAUGCCUUAACAGCGGGAUCUCGUAGGGCUUAGGGACAUGCUGAGAAAGUUGAUGCGGAGGACUGCUUAUUGUUAGAAUAAAUCUGUCUAGUCAGUUUUGUGAGUUUUAUCAGGGACAAUAAUGGUAGGCGCAGUGUGAAGAGUUUUUAACUUUUUCAUGUUUCAA